AUGUCGGGGCUUGAUGUGAUCAGUGGCACAUCUGCAAUCAUCGGAAUAAUCGAUGUCUCCAUCACAUACUACAAUGAUACACGAAAAGACUCGAAGUUGUCCGAGUCCUUUGAGGUCGUCAUCAAGCGACUGCCUAUAAUCCGUGACACCCUUCAAAAAUGCGAAACCGACCUGAAAAGGAUUCAAGACGAUAUACCAACAGAUGUCUGGGAUGCCCUCGAGGAGAUCAUUAAUGACUGUGAUGACAAGGCUAGAAAGGUGAGAGAAAUCUUCGAAAAGGUCAUAACUGGUGAACACGACGGGUGGAAGAAACGAUACUCCAAGGCCAUCCGGAGACUGGGCGAAGGAAACAAAGUUGAAGGACUGCUGCUUUCAAUCACUCAAGACGUUCAGCUUAUUGUCAAUCACCACGCAGUUCAGUCUGCUACACCUGAGGAAAAUGCUAAGCUUGAGGAGAUCAUUGAAGAGAUGAAGUCGAUCAAGCCCUCAGUACCUGAAGAAGAACCCGGGGGCAUAGCUUUCAACAACGCUGGCACAGGCUCACAGACAAACAAUGUGCUCGGUGGAGUGGUCAUCAAACGAACUACAACGCUGCACUCAGAAUUCAACAUUUCCAUUCCGCCCUUCAUAGUCAUCACGCAGAAGCAAGACUUCAGUUACCGUGAACCUGCUGGGCUCUGCCUCGGCGGAUCGCCAUAUAUCGAUUCGCGACUAUUUAUCGGUCGCAGCUCCGAACUCGAUAAAAUGCAUAAGAUUCUCAAGCCUCGUGACGCGUCUCGAGAGCAACAACGACUAGUCCUGAGUGGCAUGGGUGGGCUCGGUAAGACGCAGCUUGCCAUCGCUUAUGCAAAAAAACACGAGCAUGAGUACGAGUCAGUCUUCUGCCUCAAUGCAUCGUCCGAGACUUCGUUGAAAGACAGUUUUCGGUCGAUAGCCGGGCUAAUCUUUGACAUACAAGAGGCUGGGACCCUGGACUGCGAAGAUAUUCCAUAUCAAGUACUCCGUUGGCUGUCUAACGCGAAGAAUACCCAAUGGCUUUUGAUCUUCGACAAUUAUGAUGAUCCUAGACAAUUCAAAAUCAGAAAUUAUUAUCCUCCUGCGUCUCGUGGCGCUAUCAUCGUGACUGCACGAGGGCCAGCUGUUCUCGGUGGUGAGGAGUUUGCCCUUGGGCUUUUAUCAACUAUCGCUGAAAGUCUGGAGAUCUUCGAAAUCGGUCUCAAAGAGAGACCACAAAAUCUGGAGUAUGAGAAACGCUGGAAUGUCAAUGGUAAGCGGCAAAUUAAACUUCCAGAGUAUCAGGAUCGUACACUCUACACGACCUGGGAUGUAUCUUAUAGCCGGCUUGAAGAUGAGGAUUCAGAUGCGAAACAGUUGUUGAAAAUGUUCGCCUACUUCGACAAUCAAAAGCGGCUGCGUGAUGUGAUUGCAGAUCAUAACAACUUCGCUGGUGCGAUGAGAACUCUAACAGAUUAUCAUUUCGUAGAAGUCCAGGAAGGAACAGCUUCAUGGUCUAUACACAAUUGUAUACAUGACUGGACACUGAUGAUACUCAACCAUGACAUUGAUGUGCAGCAGUACUGGUAUGCGUUCGACUGCAUCGCCGCAACCACGCACGGCCACAACUUAGAUUCUUUGGAGCACCUCCCUUUUGUGCGUAUAGCUGCUCAUGCUAAAUGUCUCGUACAACCACAGCUCUGGGAAAACGAACUCAUCCCUGAAAUUAUGCAUAAUCGACUCGACCGAGCUUUCUAUAUUUGUUGGCGCCAAAGUGACUAG